GAGUUUGUGAACGAGGAAGACUUGCAAUUUUUAACAACUUGCUGAACCCGGCUCUGUUUUGUGUGAGACAACUGGUUUGGACGUCGAUGCCUUAAUCACCAAGGCAGCAUUGUGGCAUCAACAUUCAUAAUAUCCAAUUUGCGUUGAAAAUGGACCUGGGCCAGAGCUGAAUUGAUGGAGGGCCUGUCCCAGCAACUGUGGUCGGCAUGUCUACACUGAUGUUGGCAACACCAGCUGAGUAAAAGCACUGAUGUUUUCCGGGGGCAGUACCUAUUUUCCUGUUGUCAGACAUGAAUCUUCAGGGCAUCAAGAAAUAUCUUGUUCACAGAUAAGCCAUAGCAAGCCUAACAGACAAGAUCUACCAGCACUUCCCACGCAGACUGACUACCUAAGAGGCAGUUUUGGCCUUGUUCCAUGCAUAUUAGGUAAUAACAGGGAAAGUAGCAUGUCACAGAAGGCAACUGGCAUCAGGCAAGUGACUGUCAACACACACAUGGACCAGCAAGCACUCUUCCCUACGGUCAUGCCCAUGGAGUAUUUUAGUCCUCCCAACUAUGCAGCAUUCAAGGCCCAGCUCACACAAAGCAACUGUGGAAGGAUUGGAGCAAGUCAAUCAGGAGCUUCUGAAUGUGAGAAGUCAGUGGAGACUCGGCUCAGUCAGGAGUCUGUGGUCAGUAAAACAGUCCAGUGUGAUAUCUGUGGUGAUAUCAUCAAAGACUUGUAUGAAUUCAGAAGUAUCAAGUGUGAUGCUUGCAAGAAGAUCUCUGCCCACUCUAAUGGAGACCUCUCCCGACCUCAGAUUAAAGUGUACCCGUGUGACAUGUGUGACAAGACGUAUGUGUCUCAAACAACGCUGAAGACUCACAUGAGAGUCCACAGUGGGGAGAAGUCCUUCAGCUGCCCAUUCUGUGACAAGACGUUUCUGUACGAAGGGAAUAUGAAGACACACGUGCGGACCCACACAGGGGAAAAACCAUUCAACUGUGAGGAGUGCGGGAAGAGUUUCUCACAGUCGGGAACAUUGAAGAAACAUCUAAGAAUGCAUUCUGGAGAGAAACCCUUUAAGUGUGAGUUUUGUGACAAGACUUUUGCAUAUUCUGAAAAUCUAAUUCCACAUCGAAGGGUCCAUUCUCGUGAAAGACCAUUUCAGUGUCAUUUGUGUGAGAAAGUGUUUUCUCAGCCUGGAUCCCUUAAAACUCACUUGAAGUCACAGCAUGGUGGUGACAAUGGUUCACCAAAUACAACACAGACGACAAAUGGGAUUAAGAGUGAAUAUUUCAAGCCUCCUGUAUUGGAUGAAGAUGGUGAAAUUAAUUUAGUUUAGUUAGAUUUACAGCAAAGGUCAUCUUUGUAAUAGUGUACUACCUUAGUAGUAGAUCUUCUUGAUGACUGAUGAAAUUGUUGUCAGAAUCAAGGGAGUUUGUUGACCACAAACUCAAAUGAACACAAAUUCCCCGUGUUGGGAUUGUGAUCAUGGUGAUAUCUCCCCAUUGUCUUUGUAGCUUAGUCCCAUUAUGGAUUUCGAAACAUGGACCUUCUGAUCCGAGGUUGGAUGCCUUAUCCACAUGACCAAACAGGUUUAUCCCCUCAGCAAUGAUGCCACCUGUGGAAUGGCUCUUUGCCAUGUUACACACUGUUGUCAACUGAAGGCACAUCCCAGGCAACAUAGGUACUGAGACUUAUUUUACUCAAAUAAAUAUGAACAUGCUCAGACCCUUGGGCGGUAAGUAGCAGCCAUAAAAUUCUGAAUCCUGUGAUGGGAUUCGAACUACGGACCAUCUGAUCCAAGGUUGGUCGCCUUGUCCACAUGACCAAAGAGGUUAACCCCGUCGGUAAAGAUGUCAUCUGUGGGAUGACUCGACUGCCUGACACAUUUUGCUUCGCGAUUGUUUUGUUAAUUUCAUAGACUCUCUACCAUUGUUUACUUUUACCCUGUCUGUCAUGGACUGUAGCAUGUAUGAUAUAUUUGGAAGAUAUUUGUGUUUACUUGUCAAAUGACAUGUUUAUAUCGUCAAGUGGCCUGGCCAUGCUGGCAAAGUUGAUAGUUUCAAGUAUGUCCAUAUUACCUUGGUUAUCUGUAAUCUGUAAUCAGUAUUAAUUACGGUAAUCAACUUACAGCACAUGCUAAAAUAAUGUGUGACUUGUGUAUGUCAACAUUUGAAAUAAGAAACAAUACAUAUCACAAUACAUAGGUCACGAAACAAAACGUAUCGCGGUGAGCAUAUUUACAGCAAAUCACGUGGAAACUUCUUGAUUCUAAAAUUUCAGAGCAGGUUCAAAAUGAAACGCAAAAUGUUUGUAGCGGCUAUUUUCUGUAGUAAAGUUGAAAUGCUAAUUACAACACAUAAAUGUUGUGUGUCAUCCCAUGAAAACUCACAAUGAACCGGUGCAUCGAUGUAUCAUUUCACCCCUGAUGGAAACCCCAGUCACAUAUAUGCAUUAGAUUACAACGUGUGUAUUUCAUUAAUGAACUCCAAUAUUCAGUGUUAGCCAACUUGUCUCAGUGUUAAAGAUGAGAAAUGGCAAAUCUGUGACAAUUUGUAUCCCUUGACUUCUAGUA